GAGCCUGACGCCUUGGUGACGUGCACGUUGUCGACAUUAGCUUCCGCAACUUUAUCCACCCGCACCAUGUUGCGAGGUUAGACUCGAGAUUUAGAGGAAAGGUCGUGCUGUGAAAUAAAACAAUGUUCUGACGUGACACGUACAGCUCAGGCCUGGAUUAAAUUUAGAUGAGAGCUUUAUAAUUCAUGGCGCGCAAACAUCGCCUUAGAAGCCGACCUGAACUGCCACCUGGCGGUGAGUAGCGGAUUCUCCCGCUCAGACACGUGUUCACCGUCCCUGUUGACGCGAGGCGGCUCAACAGGAGCAUCGACCCGGGAUGGUGAAGCAGCGGGUCCGCAGGUCAUCACGCUGCUGUCGGACCCUUGCGCUUGAUAUGCCAGUACUUGUGUUCAAACCAGUUAAUAGCAAGUUUAUUGUACGAUCUUGAGCGUGAGAAUCGCUUUUCCCUCAUGUCAGAGUCGUAUUCGAAGUGCUGUGUUGCGCCGCACUCGCCAGUCUAACUAGUCAUAACUGAGCCGCUGCUUUGGGAAUUUGCACCUGUAAAAGGUUGACGGUGUAAACAAGCACAGCUGACACGCCGCAGCGAACGGUUCCAUGGCUGUUCGGAACUACUUUACCCACAAUGCAAUGGAUCUCACAAACAGGAAGUACUUGUUUUAAACCCAAGUUGUUCUUGCGAACACAGCUGCUCAGUCGCUCGAAGUCAAACUUUUUCUUCGAUUUGUUAGGUGAAACGCGCGAGGCCAAAACCAUAUUUAGGUGCCUCGACACUGCAUUGUUGGCCAAUGUAGCUCGUGCUUUCGCGCGGCUUUAAAUCAAAAUCAGCCAUUUUGUAGUUUCAUGGAGAAAAGAUGCUGAGUAGCUUUCAUUGACCAUUUUCAGACGCUCGCUCAAAUAGGCCGACUCCAACUGAGAGUUCGAGUUGGGAUUUGUUUGAACUAACCGGUUACCAAUGGAAACGGUGGACGCCUGGUGAGCGCGAGCGUUAGCUACCCGAUGCUAACUGUACAAGACUCAGUCAUGGCAACGAAAGUUAAAGGCGCAUACACUCGAGAGCCCCGAGGGAGACGAAGCUUGGACCGCACACUGGCCGCUGACAAUAUCCUCAGCAUGCUGGAAGAGGAGCUGAAGCUCGAUGGAGGCGACAGUGAAGGCUCUGACAUAUCGGCGGCAGAUCCUGACGCUAUCCUGCAGACGCUGAAGGACAUCGACGACAUGGACGCAGACCUGUUUGCACCCAAGAAGAGAAGUGUUUUGGUGGCCAGACCAAGACCUCGGUUGAACCAGGACUCUGGAGCGGGAGAUGAAGCUACAUCAUUAAAGGAACCUCCAGUCACAGCUCACAACACGGGAAAGAGGACAUCCUCAGAUGAACCUGUGUCUGACCUGCUGAACGAUUUAAUACCCGAUGAUUCCAAACCAGAACCUAAGGGAAAGGUGAAGGAACCUUUGGUGACUUCACCGUCACUUUUGAAUCCUGAAACGAACAAACCGAGCCAAAGACGAGCGGAGGUCACAUUUGAGGAGGAUAAAGACGACCUGAUGGAUGCGCUCGGGUUUGACAGGGAUGAGAAGGAAUCAAAGAGGAAAGACAUGGUUCUCUGGUCCAAUAAACCACGUCGUGUCCCGCCGCAGAGAGCACGGACAAAAGUGGAUGAGAUUUUGGACGGUUUGUCUUCAUCUCAUCUCUCAAGUGAGAGCAAGGACCAGGAAGAGGAGAAGCCCCAGGACAGAGCAUCCAGUGUCAGAGAUGAUGCUCUGGGGUCAUAUCAGCCCACUAUUGGAUCCGACCUUGAAGGUCGCCAGUCCCGAAGACAGUCAGUCAGAUUUUCCAGCGAGGACGUCAGUGUGUCCACGCCAGAGAGGAAGCCUAACCAAGCUCCUCGCCCCCGCGGCUCAGCCGACUGGCUUGGCCUCAAGACCAACCACAGCCUUUUACAAGAUGAUGCCCAAGACAGCAAGUUUUCCAUGGACUCUCCAUUGUUGGAGAGGAAGUCAUCACUGACAAGAGUUCAGGCCACUAAUCCUGCUACGAAGAUAGAAGCUCCCACGGAGACCGAAGUGCAGGUUCCUAAGACCAGAGAAGAUGAGGAGGAUGACUGGUUGAGUGGAGCACUGAGCAGGAAGAAAAGUACGCCAAAGGCUGAAGAGCAAGAGGAACAGCCUCCUGACCUGGGAGGCCUGAUGGAUCUGGAGUCGUUUGAAAGUGCAGCAGCUAGCUCCCUCCGCACCAGAGCCGACCCUGGUCCAGCCGCUGGAGAACCAAAGAGCGCUGAUCUGUCCGCUGCUGUCAGCAGGGCCACAACUGAAGGAGCGUUUCCUCACCUGAAGCCAGUCCCCACUGGUGCCGCCGCUGCUCAGCAACAGCUGAUCCAGGCCCAGCUGCCGCGGGCCGUGGAGCGACCCAAGGAGGUCCAUGGAGAUCAUCAGGCUUUACAGUCGCGCAUCUCACAGCUGGAGGGACAUGUGAAGGCGCUGCAGCUGGAGCGAGACCAAAGUUACUCGCUGCUGGAGAGCGUCCAGCUGAGACACCAGCGAGACAUCGAGCUGUUGGAAAACGCACACAAGGAUCGCGUCAAGAUACUGGAGGAGUCGGCAGCGCAGAGGGAAACACGACAGCAGGAGGAGUACCAGGACCUCAUGGAGCGCAUGAGCUCGCUGAAGCAGGCGGCUGAAGAGGAGCGGGCCCAGCUGCAGCUGCUCUACCAACAGAAACUGUCCCAGGCCCAGCAGGAAAGAGACCGCGAGGUGGAGAGGCUCCGAGAGCUUCAGAGAAAGUCCAUUUUGGAGAUGAAGAAAGACCAUGAGGACCAAGUGCGAAGGCUGAAGAAGCUGAAAGAAGAAGAGAUUGAUGCAGUUACUAGUGCAACUUCUCAAACAAGGUCUUUGACGGCAGUGAUCGAGCAGAUGGAGCACUUCUCCUUAAAGCUAGGUGAGAUCUCCUCGAGGGUGGAGAGCACCCAUGAGCACACGGCUCACGACCUGGAGCAGGGAGCGAGACACAGAGACGAGCAGCUGAGAAUCAUGCAGGACCGAGUGGCCCAGCAGCAGAAGUCCAUGACAGAGGAGCGAGCGUAUCUGAAGGAGAUCAUCUCCAGGAUGGACACUCAGAUCAGUGAGCAACAGAGACAGCUGGAGAAGGUCGGGCUCCUUGGAGUGUCGUCAUGUCAUCAUCUGUCCUCCCUAACUUUGUCUCCAAACUUCUUCACUCCUUCCGGAUCCUGUCCUUUCUUCAACAUAUCUGCAUCUCUGACUAUUCUGAGGCUCCAGACUCAGGAGUCUCAGACUCCAAACCCGAACUCCACGUCCUUGUUUUCAGUUUUUCGGUCCAUGAGUGAAAUGCAUGAUGACUGGCCGGCCUUCUGUCUGCAGGAGCGCUGGAGGGUGAGUGGCGAGCAGGCUAAAGCAGAGUCCACCCUCAGGAGCCUGGAAGAGGAGCGACGCUCGCUCAGCAUGCAGAUCAACGUGGAGAGGGAAGAGCUGGACAGAGCCAAGAGCGCUCUGCUGGAGGAGCAGAAGUCUGUGAUGCAGCAGUGCACUGAAGAGAGGCGGAAGCUGGCAGCGGAGUGGAGCCAGCUUCACGCUCAGGAGAAGGCCAGACAGGAGCGAGCUGAGCGAGCUGUCAGCAGUCUGCUGGAGAAGAGGGAAGACUCCAUCAUGAGCCUGGCGCAGGAACAAGCCGAGUGGAAGCUUCGCACUGCUGAGCUGAAGCAGAAGGAGGCGUCAGUCAUCCAGGAGAGAGAGCAGCUGGAGAGACUGCGAGAGGAGCUGAACCUGGAGAAGCAGCGGAUCAGCAGCAGCGCCUUGAGACUCAACACACGAGUCCAGGAAGUGGAGGCCUUCAGCAAGCUGGCGGCCGACAGAUAUGAGCAGGGAGAACGAGCGCUGCAAGAGGCCACCCAGGUGGAGCAGGAGCACGAGGCCCGGCUGAAGAACAUCCACUUCCAAACAGAGAGGCUGCGGCAGCACGAGAAGCGCGUCCUGCAGGAGCGGCUGAGCGUCCCACACAGAGAGCAGCAGAAGCAGCCCACCAGGAGGCUUCCCAAGCAAAGUGGGACGUUGCAUUGUGACAUUUCUGCUUCAUACGACGGUUCAGAGUCACUACGCGGCAAACAGACGUCUGCUGCUGUCACCGUGCGGAGCUCUCAGUCCAUGGCUCUGGCAGCGACUCUGGCCCUGUGGAAGUACACCGCAGCCAAGGACCGUGAAUAUUUAGAAGAGGAGCAGAUCUUCUUGGAAAACUUGAAAAAGAAGCCAUACAGGUGGACCAAUGGUGCUGACAGAUGUAAUGUCUGAAGCCAAGCCUUCAUCAGUGCUUCUCUAGAGCAACGUGUUUGUUAGGUGCCCUGAGAAGCUCCAAGCCACUCCAAAGCAGGUGCCACAGAUGAGCGUCCGACUGCCCUGGGCCACUGACACAGCCUCCAUGUCAUGGUCGGUCAGUACAGGAUUGACCUCGAUCCAGAAGGAUCUAGUGCCAGUGGGAGCAGGAUGUUCAGCCCUUGGAUUAUCAGGAGUCAGAAAUGUCUGUUUAAAGAUGGAAGUUUGACUGGUGGCUAGUGUUGUGCAGUUACCAUGCAAUGCCAAGAAUAAAAGUCAUCCCUACUCCAUCACUGAGUCUUAGAAGGUGAUUAACCAGGCUU